GAAUACUUGCAAAAGCUGCAGCUUGCUCAGUGUGCUGUGGAGCUUACUGCCUGAAAAACCGCCACCAUGGUCGACGCCUUCUGUGCCACUUGGAAACUGGUUGACAGUGAGAAUUUUGAUGAGUACAUGAAAGCACUUGGUGUGGGCUUUGCCACCCGGCAGGUGGGUAAUGUGACCAAGCCCACUGUAAUCAUCAGCCAAGAGGGUGACAAGGUGAUGAUCCGCACCCAGAGCACCUUCAAAAACACAGAGAUCUCCUUCAAGCUGGGAGAGGAGUUUGACGAAACCACCGUUGAUGACAGGAACUGCAAAUCCACAGUGAGUCUGGAGGGUGACAAGUUGGUCCACGUCCAGAAGUGGGACGGCAAAGAGACCAAGCUCAUCAGAGAAAUCAAGGACGGCAAGAUGGUCAUGAAUUUGACCUUUGAAGAUGCCCAUGCGGUGCGUACCUACGAGAAGGCAUGAGAGCUCUGCCUGAUUGCCUCCAAACCGACCGACAAGUGUUGAUUUUAUAAAUAAUAUUGACUGAGUGUGUGCUUCUCUUUGCUCGUCAUGCUCCUCUGCAUGUACACAGCCCACAGGCUGCACAUUUUGUAAGAAUUUUUUAUAUGAAUACAUUUCUGUCGUGAUGGGUGGAUUGUCUUUGUAACCCUGUAAAACAUGAAAUAAAAACACAGUAAAUGUUUGUC